CGUUCCUAAGAACGCCUUGAUGGCCGAACUCUAUGGCCUCGUUUUCGGGCAAAUGCCUCGUUUCCGAAUUUCUGCGUGUGACGACUUCAAGUCAGCGGUAGAGAUUCGAAUUUCCAAAAUGGCGGGAGUAAGCGGUUCUUUUCGGCAGCUCGAAGACAAGCCGUGUUCUGCGGAAAUUCUUUAUCAAAGAUGGUCGCCAAAGAUGGAUUUGCUUGCCCUUGUGACAGUCGAAGGUGAGGUUUGGUUGCAGAGGUUGUCUUGGAAGCGAGUGUGGACAAUUUCUACCGCCGAAGGUCGAGCUCUUUCAGUGGCAUGGAGACCAGACGGGAAGAUUUUAGCUGUUGCUUUCAACGAUGGUAAAAUACAGCUCUUCGACAUCGAAAACGCUGAAUGUAUUCAUAAAACAAAAAUCGAAUCGACGCCCACGUCCAUGGAUUGGAUAGAGGAAGGAAAAGAGAAAGUAUCGACUGUUGAUCAUGAAACGUCUUCGAAAAACUUGCCGUUUUUCGUAGAAAAAUCAGAACUUUAUCUUCCUUCACUUUCACAUCUGCCAAAAUCUGCGGGAGCUCUGUUUUCGAAAGAAACUUUACAAGAAGAGUCGGAGGAUCCCAAAAAGCUCAAGUGUCUACCCGAGGAGUUAAGCGUGUUGGUUGUCGGUGAUGAUAGAGGCAAAAUACAUAUGUACCUGUAUGGCAUUUUCUUGUGUGCCUCACUGAAUACUGCGGAUGUCUUGCAGCAUCAUUCUGAAUUUCAAGAAGUAACGAGUGCCUAUGUGUCGCAUGAUUUAAAGGUGCUCUCAGCUGUCGUCAAAUCACCUGUGAUUGAAUCAGAUAAACAAUCUGUGUCAUUAGUCUUGUAUGACACCGGAUUGCUGUCCAUGAGGAGACGUGAACUUGCAGUUGUAGCUAAGAAAAUGGGCGAGGUCACCUGCCUGAUGGAUUACUUUGAUAACACUUUGCAGUCCAUGUCAGACGCUUGGGAGGACAUACUCCUUGAGAUGGACACAAAGUUGACAGACUUUGCAGCAGAACGACUGACUGCCGGAUCAAGUGUCAGUAGUGAAUUCCUAACUUUACUCACUCAUGGAGUGACAAGUCCUGAGCUACAGUCUUUCCUAAUUCAUGAUCUCACAGAGAAAGGUCUCAAGAAGCUGGGACAUAGCAUUGAAAAUUCUUACACAAGUAUUCAAAAUCUGGCAUUGAAGCACUUGCAGUGUGUCAUGCAAUCUCUUCUGUUCCAUGUGACAGAAUUUCAUGGAAUGUCAAGAUGGUAUGAACAGUUUGGUGAUUUGGGUCUUUCUGAGUUUGACAUCCAAACUGUUAUCACAAGUCUUGGUUCUGUCAUGUUGAAAACACAAGAGCUUGUCCUUGUCAUUGAAACAAGCCUCAAGAGCUUCAAAGCAUUCUUUCAAUGGCUUUAUUAUGCCAUCUUGAGUUUAUCUGAUGCUGAAAUUCCAGACUUUGUGAAACAGAGGAGCCAGCAAGAAGUAAUGCUUUUGUCAGGCUUCAUUCAAGAUCAGCUUGUUGUCAACCAGCAAGGAAAGUUUACCCUGGAGAGAGUCGGUCAAUAUUUUGACCCCAAGUCACUAACAGUAAAGCCACCAUUUGGUAACAAUGACUGGACAAAGUUUGUUGAGAGUCACCCAACACUCAGAGCAAGUCCUCUGCUAAUACCUAACAAAGCAACUGAUUCUUUGCUGACUCUUUCUGAACAACUCCAUGAACACAUCAAGAAAGCCUUUGCAGAACCAAUAAGCUCUUUAAGCAAAUCAAUCUCUUGCUGGAACUGUUCUCCACUUUGUGAAAUCAGCAAGAAUGAAGAUUCUUUCCAUGUAGCGCAAAAAUCGACUGGAUUUCCUGUGCAUCAGCUUGUAGUUUUUCCUGAAGACAGGAGACUGAACCUUGUUUCUAUCAGGCCAAAUGAGCGCAGGUUAUUUCUUGCAAGAAUUUGCAUUGACAACUUGCCAGGUGACAUUGAACAAGUGUUGUACUCUUUCUCUGAUGUUAUGUUCUAUGACUCAGAGUAUUUGUCAGUUUUGCUUCAGCAGCACAAAGUAGAUGAUGGUGGUGAUGAAGAUGAUGUUGAUGGUGGGUUGUCAAUAUUGGCUCAAGUUCCUUAUUCAUGGCUUGAAGAUAAAGACUUUCUAGAUGUUGCACAAGUCAAACAAACAUACAUCAACCAAAUAUCACAACCUCCACCCAUCAGUGUCGGGCCAAGAAUUACCCAUUUUCGGAAGCUGGUUGGAAUGAGGGCAAGUUCUUUGUCUGUGAGUGGAACUCGGAAGGUCUCCUGUGUGUUGUCAGUUUUGCAAAGAAAUGUCCGGCUGUUUGAUAUGGAUGCCGAAGAUGAGGAGACAGAAGAUGAGGAAACUGAGAAUGAAGAAUUAAACAAUUCCUUUGAAGAGGAGCAGUGAACAGAUUUCUGACAAUUCAUGUCUCCCUAGGGAACUAAUUUUUGCCGAGCAAUUUUCUCAAAGAAUAGCAAUAACUGAAGAACCUUUGUAGUAAACAAAUGUUGGUGCAAUGUAGAUAUUGCCUGAGAAAAAUUUAAAUCUGCUAUGCUGUACUCAUAGGCAUAUGACCCUCCAGUUUCCAAAAUUUUAUGAAAUUUGUCAGGCAAAAUACUCAUGAUUUGGGCAACAGUACUUGGGAGAAAACAUUCCAAAAGCCUUCUCAACCUCAAUAAUAAUUCAUCAAGUUUAAACAAAGAAAAUCACAACUGUGAAGGAGGUUUGGAUACCUGGUCUUAAUUAG